AUGUCGAAUCUCCACUCAUCCCCGUAUCCUAUCACAACAAUUUCGAUUUUGAAGAACACCAUAGCUGACCAUCGCGACCUAGACCCCUUCGCCGAAGCCGACGAGGACACCGGAGAAACCAAGCAGACGCAGAAUUACAUCCAUAUACGCAUUCAGCGUAAGUCACCUACUCCAGCCACACUAGCCAAGGGCGCAUCGAGGAUCACAUCACACCAGCGUAAUGGACGUAAGACUUUGACCACUGUUCAGGGUCUCCCCAAGAAAUUUGACCAGAAGAAGAUUCUUAAGGUCAUCAAGAAGAAGUUUGCCUGCAAUGGCACUAUCGUCAACGACUCCGAGAUGGGAGAGGUGAUCCAGCUCCAGGGUGAUCAGCGCAAAGAUGUUCAGGAAUUUCUCAUCGACAAGAAGGAAGGCCUCGAGCUAGAUGCCAAGACCAUUAAGGUCCACGGUUUCUAA